AUGAAAGAUUCUUCUCUAUCCGGUCCAGAAUCAACACGUUUUAUUCAUGAAAUAGUCUUUCCAGAGUUAAACAACCGAACAAAUUUUUCCGUUCCAAAAGAAGCAAUACCAAAGGAUAUUCAAUGUAAAUUAUGUAAAGCAAUAUCUACCGAUUUAUCUGAAUUUAAUAAACAUGCUAGACAGAAACAUCGUUGUUCAUACUUGUGUGACGUUUGUUCCAAAGUAUUUGAUAGUAAAGAGGAUAAAGCUAAUCAUUUAGAGAAAGAACAUGUUAAGGAAUUUCGGUGUGAAUUUUGCUCCAAAAUGUUUUGGCAACAAAAGAUUUUAAAUGGUCAUAUUAAAGAUAAGCAUUAUAAUCGUAAAACAGAUACUCUCGGAGUUAAUGUUGAAUUCGAAUUUUUGAAUCAACUAAAUGUUUCAUCUCCACAAUUAAAGAGAACAUUUUUCAUUCAUGACAUCGUGAAGGAAGAAAUCAAGUUUAAAAAUACACAAAAGGAGAACGAAGAAAAAUCGGGAGAUGAAUCCAAAGAGAAGACUACAGCAACGUCUGCGGCAAUCAUUUCUCCUUUCGCGACAUCCACCUCACCCACUGGACCAAUGAAAUGUAAAUUAUGUGAGGAAAUAUAUGAAGAUAAUAAAACGUUUAAUAAACAUGCAAAGAAUUCACAUGGUUAUAGAACUUUAUGCAAAUUUUGUUCCCAAGUCUUUUUCGAUAAACCUACUUUAGAAUUUCAUUAUAUGAUUAAACAUGAUAAAAGUGUUUUUUGCAGAGAGUGUAGUAAAAAAUUUUGGGAACAAAAAAGUUAUGAAGAACAUUGUUUGGAUAAGCAUCAGAAAUAUUAA